AUCUCAGCUGCUUUUGCUGUUACACUUCACUUCACUUCAGAGGCUGUUUACAGAGGUGUCCCUCCUUGCAGCUUGGACUAUCACACACUUUUCUUUAGGGAAUUCCAAGCCUGGUGCUUACUGGAGAUGCCACUGUGAGGAUCAUUUCAUUGGUCUGGAAUGAGUCGACAGAGCUUGGAGAAUGGCAAAUAAAAAUCCUUUUCCAUCCUUUUCCAGAAGAACUCCACUGGAAAUGUAUUUACCUCGAAGCAGAAUUUUGGAUUAAAACUGGAACCAUGUUCAGUGUUCACAUCAAUGGAUGGAGCUUCAAGAAAAGGUCUAAUAAGAACCCUUGUUUGAUCAGUGGUAUCUUCAUUAGGCAAAGACAAUCUUCACGGAAAUAAUGGAUUUCCUAAAUUUUACUGAACAAAAUUAUACACUGGAACAAAAUGAUACAGAAUCAUUUAAAAAAGUAACUUCCAAGGUUCUAAUUUCUAUUACACUUUCUGUUCUAGCAGUAAUGACAACUGUUAUCAACUCUCUAGUGAUGACUGCAAUAAUUGUGACACGGAAACUCCAUCACCCUGCAAACUAUUUAAUAUGCUCUUUGGCAGUCACUGAUUUCCUUGUGGCCAUCCUCGUCAUGCCCUUCAGCAUUGUCUAUAUUGUCAAAGAAACCUGGAUUAUGGGUGGGGUGAUGUGUGAUAUUUGGCUUAGCGUUGACAUCACCUGCUGUACUUGUUCCAUCCUGCAUCUCUCGGCCAUUGCUUUAGAUCGUUACAGAGCAAUCACUGAUGCUGUGGAAUAUGCCAGGAAGCGAACACCUAAACAUGCUGGCUUUAUGAUUGCCAUUGUCUGGAUUAUUUCCAUCUUCAUUUCAAUGCCACCGUUGUUUUGGAGGCAUCAAGCAGACAGCAAAGAUGACGAAUGCAUCAUUAAGCAUGACCACAUUGCUUUCACCAUAUAUUCUACAUUUGGAGCAUUUUAUAUCCCACUGGCAUUAAUUCUGAUUCUUUACUACAAAAUAUACAAAGCAGCCAAGACUUUUCAUAGAAGGAGCAUGAGUCGGGUUCUUAAAGAGGAGGCAAAUGGGCAAGACCUCUUGGAAGCAAAUGAGAAAAGCUGCCGACUUUCUUCAACCGCAUCAUGUACAAAAGAUAAAAGGUCUAACCCUUCGGGAGAUUUGGACAGAAUUCGGUUUUCACUGAGAAGCCCUGAUUCAGAAUCUAAGAACGAAAAAGGGUGGAAAAGGCAACGCAUUUCUACCACAAGAGAGCGAAAAGCAGCAACUACCCUUGGUUUGAUUUUGGGUGCUUUUGUGAUUUGCUGGCUGCCUUUCUUUGUAAAAGAGGUGGUUGUUAAUACCUGUGAAAGAUGUCAAAUUUCAGAAGAAAUGUCUAAUUUUUUGACAUGGUUAGGCUAUAUCAAUUCUCUUGUUAACCCACUGAUUUACACAAUCUUUAAUGAAGAUUUUAAGAAAGCAUUCCAGAAACUUAUUCAGUGCAGGAGCUCUCUCUGAAAAAAAAGAGAGAGCUUUUAGUCAUUGGUUGAUUUAAAUAUGAUUGGAGGGGGAAGAGAAUUUGAAAAUCAAAUUCAUAGAUCUACCCUUGAUGGAACUUUGCGUAUUGCACUUGAGAAUUUACCAAAUCAAAGGGUAAAAUGAGGUUCCAGAAGGUUUUGUAGGAGUUGUAUAUUACAUGUGCAUUCAUAGUCCUGAUUUUAUGCCAUGAUUUAUCAAUACAACAGUAUUUGAAACAAAUAUAUAAUGUACAACAACUAAGCCUCAAGUCUUUCCAGAAAGCUUCCCAGAAAUUUAAAUCAAGCUGGAUUGAUUAAGUUCUGGUGCCAGAAAUUGAAUGAGAAUCUACACAUAUACAACAAAUUCAGUUCAAUUAUUUGUGGAGUAGCUCUAAUUGUUUACAUAUUUAACUUAUAACAACGUGCACUCUGUUUAAGAAAGAAGCCAAUUAUUAAUUAUCUGUUUUGUAUCAUUAAUAUAUCAUAAUGAAUGUUCUUCACGUGUUAAAGUGUAUAUUGGGAAGAAAAAAAACUACACAUUUAUUCAAAUGAGUAAAAGUGGUUAUAAUUAUUAGGUACACAGAGAACUGUAUGAAUAUUUGUGAGAAUGGGAACAUUUGACUCUUCAGUGAGUACAAGAACACACAUCUGGAAAUGCAAGGUGCUCCACAAGUUCUCUAGGAUCUUAUUUAAAAUCAAGAAGAUACAGAAUUUUUUUUCAAUGUAACUUACAUAAAAUUACUCAGUAACCUAAGGAUUGCUAUACUAUUUAAAACUCUGAUAUGAUAAAUUUCUUUUAUUUUUUAAUGGCAGAAUGACUUAAAUUAUAACAUAUGUAGAAAAUACAGAAAAUAAUAGUUUUUUUUUUUUUUAAGUAAUGGUUUGUCAAUAGCACUUCCUUGUGUGGUGGCACCAAAUAAAUAAAAUGUCACUUUCCUUAAGGAAGUAUAUUCUUUAAAUAUAUUCCUCAGCCUAGUCUGGCUCAGAGGGAGAUUAUGGAACACCACUUGUUCACCUUAGAAUUUCCCAAAGCCAUGGCCAAUAGCCCUUUUAUCACAAAUAUCAGCCAGUAAUAUCACAGGGACAAGUCAUGCAAAGCUUAUCUAUUUUACCAAGGGCACUUUUCAUUUCAUCACAAAUGGUGCAAUAUUGUUUCCUAGGGCUUUGGUAGGCUUUCACCUCUUAUUAAAAUAUAUGUAUCAGUAUUGUCUAUUUCUAUUACUACAUUUUCUUUAAGUUGGGCAUAUGACAUGGUACCGAAUGGAGAGAGAGAGAGAGAGAGAGAGAGAGAGAGAGAGAGAGAGAGAGAGAGAGAGAGAGAGAGAGAGAGAGAGAGAUUGUCAUACAGUGGGUAAUUGCCAAAGCUAAGAAAAAUAACAAAAGCAAUAAAUACAUAUUUUUGAAUGUUGGGAAUGCUGUUUUAGUCAAGACAGUCAUGGUUGUUUUAGCUGUGUUUCUAAUUUAUGUCUUGAAAAUAUUGGAAGCUGUUCAUUCCUUUCUGGAAUUAGGUGGCCUUAAUAAAUAAAUCAAUAAAGUCAGAACUGCAGAAUCAUAAGGAAAAAUUAAACAGGUUACAAUGAGAUGAUGGCCCAGUUAAAAAAAAUUCAGAACACUGACAAACUAUUAAUAGCUCAUCAAAUAAAAAAUACUAUGUAUGUUAAAUGAAUGAUUAUCUAGUAUAGUAAUUGAAAAGUUGAAGUUGUUUUUUUUAAAAAAAAAUCACACAUUUUUGAAGAAGAUAUUUGCCUAAGUACUUUAGCUGAAACCUUACUGCAGCAUUCUGGAGACUGUAUUUAGCUUUGUCUAAAACAUAGAUUCAAAAGACUACGAGAACAUUUGUGAGGAAGUCACCUGAUUUGGCUCAUGAGGCAAAUUAGAUUUUAUAGAAUCUAUUUUAGCACACUGAAAGGAAACCUAUAAAAUUCCCUAGUAAGCAAACAAUUAUUUCUUUCCCUAGUAAGAAGCACAUGGAUUGGUGAUCAGGAUUCCCUACCCCAUAGUAAUUUUCUUCUCAUGGUGAAUCAUUUAUUUGUUUUAUUUAUAUUACUGUUGUUGUCAUUCUUUAGCUAUUAAUAGAAUCUGAAAUUUUGGUUCAGUCACUCAGCAUUAUUGCACUCACCUUCCUUUAAAAACUAAAAUAGAAUGAGUGUUAAAGCAACAAUUAUCUUAGAUGCAACCAGGAGAAAAAAGAUAUUUGGGGAAAGAAAGCCACAUUUGGAACUGAACUACUCAUCCCUUCCCUAAUCAAUAAACCACUUUUGUUUUCCCAAAUAGUUAGAUGCAGAAAAAUGCCAACUACAGGUAAUCCUUGACCUAGUACCUAUUUACAAAACCUGUAACAGAAUGCCCCACUGUAGCAUCUGUUUGUGGCAAACUUUAAUAAGAGUCUUUUGCAAAUUGCAAAGCAAUUCUAUUGUCCUAUUUUAAGGAUAUUUGCAUAUUACUUCUACCAACUCUACUGUGCUUCCCUAAAAAUAAGACCCUGUCUUAUAUUUUUUUGAACCCUGAAAUAAGUGCUUGGCCUUAUUGGCAUGCGCUCAAAAGCCCAAUUAGGUUUAAUAUCAGGGGAUGUCUUAUUUUGGGAAAAACAGAGUAUUAUCCUUAAUUUCUAUUUCUAUAAGCAAACUUCAUAAGGCUGCACUUUUGUGAACUACUGUGUUUAGGAAGUCUAACUAGUUUAUCUCAAACAUUGUUGACCUGUGCUUCUUUCCUAGACUUAAUGCAUUUUAAUGCACAUUCAGCCAGAACUAAGUACUCCAGACCUGAUUGAUCUUUAUCUUUUACCUUCUUUAUUUGCUUCUAUAUAUUUGCUGUAGCUCUUUGAUAUUUCAUGCCUGGAUUAAAAUCACCAAAAUCA